AUGGCUGAUGCGCCCGCGGCAUCAACAGCUGCUUCGUCCAACGCCCCAGAGGCCCGGUCGCCGCCCGAGACAAAGGCGCCCAGUGCCGAUCCCAAGGCAAAGGUCAAGCGCCGAAAUCCAGGCAAACAUGAGCGUGAACAUAAUAAGCGCCGAAAACUGGCAGCCGAAGCAAAAGAAACAUUGCAGUCAGGCAAGGACAAAAGCACGAAGCCCAAGCUUUGUGAGCUGCACCUCAGUCUCCUUGCGGAGGUGGCCGAGCUGAACAAACUGCUCGAGGACUACAAGAACUCGUUCUUCUGGUAUAAGUGCAAUCGCCCGAACCAGUAUUGGGUGGAAGGCUGUGGUCUGCUGAAUUCCAAAUAUCUCAACCUACCCCAGAUUUCGAACGAGCUGCGCUAUCCGGCGGCCGAUGCGAGCAUGAAAGACGUGAUUCGUUCCGUCCAGGCCUUGACAUCAGUUUGCGCGGAGGUGUACCAGGUUCUGAUGUGGUGGGAUCGAUGUGUCCCCGGCAAUCCAUUCAAGUUCUGGGGCCCUCCCAGACGUGACACGCCUGCUGCCCCCGCCGCCCCCGCCGCCCGAGGGCACGGCCAGACUGUUUCUUCGAGUUCCAGCGGGCGGAAUUAG